CGCUGUCAUGUCCGCCCCUCUGUGUGGGGUGCAGCACUGCGCUGGAGUCCAUGUUGGCUCUGCCUCAUAGCACCGAAGAAGAAGAAGAGGCAAAGGGCGGCCUUCAGCGACACAGCCACAGCACAAUCUAGCCAAGUUAUUUUAGCCAUAACGAAAACCCACUUUCCCUCCUUUGAGAUAACCGACGUAAGGUCUGUUUGGAAUAAAGAUCCAUUCAUGUGCUGACUUAGGAGUGGAUAUCUAAACACGCAAACAUGUCCGGAGCGUGUCAGGACAGAAGGAUUCGCUGGCAGGAGAUUCAGAAGGGCCUCCAGUUCAUCCAAUCAACCCUUCCGUUUCCUGGGAGUCAAGAGCUGUAUGAGGUGUUCAUUAAGGAUCUCGUGUGGAAUCUUUUUGGAGAAGGAAACGACGUGUUUAAAGAAGGGGAAUGGACAAAAUCCAUUGAGAUGUAUACCGAAGCCUUGAGUAUAGCAGACUAUGCCGACUCAGAAGAAAUCUGUAUUCCAACAGGUUUAAUGGAAAAACUGUAUGCAAAUCGAGCUGCUGCGUACCUUAACAUUGUUCCGGGACUGUAUGACCAAGCACUAGAAGACUGUGAAAAGGCUCUCCAGUUGAACGAGGGGAACCACAAAGCACUGUACAGAAAAGCAAAAUCCUUGAAGGAGAUGGGGAGACAUCAAGAGGCCUAUGAGGCUGUUGCCAAAUGCUCUCUAGCAGUGCCUCAGGAUUCCAGCGUCACACAGCUGACUCAGGACCUAGCCAAAAUUUUGGGAUUGAAAAUCCGUAAAGCUUAUAUAAGGAGUAAGCCUGCCUUGAAUGUUUUGCGAGGAUCAAGUUAUCAAGACGCAUCAUGUGACAAGUUUUCCCAUGGGGAAUCUUCAGUUGAAGAUAUAGAAACGGAAGUGCCUAAGCUCACCCAGGAUAGCUGUGUCGUGGCCCCAGUCCCAUCUCCAAUCCAACCUCCAGUAUCGGCUCACUCGCCUCUAACAGAAGCGGUGGUGGAUGAACUUCCACCCACCACCAGUAUCUCGUCUGUGACCCCAUCUGAGCCACCAGGCUUCGAGUCUGUUUCCCUGCCUGUGUCUGUAACCACGUCGGUUCCUCUUCCUGUGCCCACAUUUGUUAACGGGUGCAGAACCAGUAAGCCUUGCCCAAUUCUUCAGACCAGUCAAGAUUUUGACGCGGACAUCAUCGGGGAUGACCUUGAUGAUCUGCUGGACCAAGCUGGCCCCGAAUCAGCCUUGGUCAUACCGACAGUGAAGGGGCCUCUUCCUUUGCCAACCAGUAUUGCCUCGGGCAGUUCCAUGUCGAGUCCAUUCCUGAUGCCAUCUCACAUCAACCCAUUUCUCCACAGCAGCACGCAGCAGUGCACUGUAACUCUGCCCCCGCUGUAUCACAAGUCAGGGUCAAGUACGUAUUUUGGUAUGGACACUUUUGACGCCCUCCCCCCACCACUGGACUCCCUGGAUAGUCUCACCAUAUCAGACUAUAAAACAGAUUUUGCUCCAAGUCCAUUCAUUCCACAGCUGAACAAUAAUGACACUCCUAUGGGAAUGGCUGUGGGUAUGCCUGAAGUGAAGGGUCUUCUUCCUGCAGCCGUGGAUUUAGCAAAGAACCCCUUAGCAGAAACACAUGAAUUCAAACAAGCGUGCUCGAUCUGCUACGUCAAAACAGGGCCCGGUGUGUUGGAUUACACGCUUCAUACAGAGGAGCACAAAUGCAAAAAGGACGCUUUGCUCGGCAGAAUCAAACAUUCUCCAGACAAAACGUGGAAGCUCAUUCGGCCCAGGCCAACAAAAACCCAAUAUGUCGGACCUUAUUACAUUUGCAAAGAGGUGGCUGUUGGGAAAGAGUGCCUGUAUCCUGGCCACUGCACAUUUGCAUACUGCCAGGAAGAGAUUGAUGUUUGGACUCUGGAGAGAAAAGGAUUCAUCUCCAGAGAACUUCUCUUCGAUCCCUACGGGCCAAACACCAAUGUCAGGUUGACUGUCCCCAAGAUCUUACAGGAGCAUCACGGGAUAUUCAUGUUUCUGUGCGGAGUGUGUUUUGACCACAAGCCCAGAAUAAUCAGCAAAACCAACAAAGAUGACCCUUCGCUUUGCUCUCAUCCAGUGACAAAGCACGUCUUUGAGGAUCAUAAGUGCCUGGUCCACAUUUUGAAGGAGAAUACGGUCCGUUAUUCCAAAAUCAGACCGUUGAUUUCUCAGUGUCAGCUGGAUCUGUGUCGCCAUGAAGUCCGCUACGGCUGCGUGAGAGAGGACGACUGCUUCUACGCCCACAGUCUCAUCGAGCUGAAGGUCUGGAUGAUGCAGCACGAGCUCGGUAUGACUCAUGAAAGUAUUGUCCAGGAGGCAAAGAAGUUUUGGAAUGCGACAGCAUCGUUGCAAGGAGCCCAGCAGCUUUCCAGUGUACAAAGGAGGUUUGGCCCUCCAAAUCUGAAGAUGAUGUUUGUCUGUGGCCAGUGCUGGAGAAAUGGCCAACUCAGCGAGGCUGACAAAAACAAGAAGUAUUGCUCAGCCAAGGCACGACACACGUGGGCGAAAGACAGGCGGGUGGUGCUUGUAAGUUCCCAUGAAAGGAAAAAGUGGACAACAGUCAGACCACUUCCAACCAAAAAACCCAUCCCGUCUCAGUUCGAGAUUUGCAUGCACGUGACAGCUGGCAAAAAGUGUCAGUACAUCGGGAAUUGCACGUUUGCUCACAGCGUAGAAGAAAGAGACCUUUGGACCUACAUGAAGGAAAACAACAUUCCAGAUAUGGAUCAGCUUUAUGAGCAGUGGCUGCAGUCUCAGAAGCCUGGCUGGGGAGAAGAGACCUCCAAUAACUCUGUUCGGGAGAAUGGCAAACAGAUCCACAUGCCAACGGACUACGCUGAGGAAGUGGCUGGCAAUCACUGCUGGCUGUGUGGUAAGAACUGCAACAGCGAGAAACAGUGGCAGCAGCACAUCACUUCAGAAAAACACAAAGACAGAGUUUUCAACUCUGAGGAUGAUCAGAACUGCUGGCAGUAUCGAUUUCCCACAGGCACUUUCAAAGUUUGUGAGAGGUUCCUCAAAGGCACGUGCACAGAGGAUGACUUGUGUAAGCUGGCACACGGGGAUCAGGAACUAAAAGAGUGGAUGGAGCGCAGGGAAUUCCUUUUGAUGAAACUUGCCAAAGCCAGAAAAGACCAUCUUAUAGCACCAAAUGACAAUGAUUUUGGAAAAUACAGUUUUCUGCUUAAAGACAUUAUAUAAUGAUGUGAUGACAAUGCUCGCGCUCACUUGCAAGUAAUGCAGUAUUCAAAACAGUAAGGUGAUCCUUUAAAAGGGCCUCUGAGGUGCACAGGAAAUUGGCCUGAUCACAGCAUGAUUUUAAAGAGGGUGUUCAGGACGGGGCCCUCUGAUUGGUGGCUGGUUUACUCUGAUCUGAACUGCAGGAGUGUUAUCGUUAACAGCAAAUAGACACUUGACGCUUUGCUAUGCACCGUUCGGUAGAAUAUCUGAAGCUGGUGAUGAGGACGGCAUGUGUAAACCUUGAUCAGAGACGUGUUCUUACAAGUUGACCUAAAAAAAAAAAACAAAACGAGUAAUUUCUUUUCAUAAGCAUUUUCUUAUAUGUUAAAGAUCUUUACCCUUCAUUAAGUUUCAAGUAUUGAAUACUUAAAUCGAGAGUUCAGUUGACAUUCACACUUUCCAUUUAUCUAAUAGUGUUACCAGUGUAAUGGGCACCAAAAGAAAUAAAGCUUCUUUUUUAAUCUGUGUUUAAA